AUGUCCAGAGCGGAGUAUGUCCUACUGCCUCUCCACGCCAGCGACGACGCUGCGCCAGACGCGGACAGCAGGGCGCCAUCACCAGUUCCACAUCAGCACUCUCGAGGUCGCUCGCGGUGGUCAUGGAUACCUUACAGCCUAUGGCGCCCCCGAACGCUCUUUAUCCUGCUCAAGAUAUUCAUUCCCGUCGCUGUCCUUGUCGUGGUGGGCGGCCUCCUCCUCUGGGAGCCAUAUUUCGAGCUUAUCUUCUACCGGCGAGCCUGGGUGCGGCAAGAAAUUGAACACGUACUGCCACUCGCCGGGUGCUUCAACCCAGACCGCGUCUCGUCGCUGUACAACGUGACCGAGGCAUUGUACGGCCAGCGGCGGACAGAGGUGCACGCGGGGCUGCGCAUGCCGCUGGGUAUGGACUGCUACGCGUUCGCGGGGACGAUCCCUGCGCCCGCGAGCCAUGCCAGCAUGCCGCUGCCCACGGAGGAGCGCACGACCUUCCAUACGUAUUGGCGCUCGGACCUCGCGCCGUUCACGGACAGGCAGGAGUGGUUGCUCAAGUCCUUCUUCGCGACACAGAACAUAAAUACCUCGCGCCUUAUCCUGUGGUCCAACGGAGACCUCUCUGGAAAUGCAAUCCUACAGAAAUGGGUGCAGCGCUUCCCCGAUGCGUUUGUACUCCGCAUAGUGGAUUAUAGUGUGCUCUCGCGAGGGACAGCGUUGGAUGGGAGCAAAAUGUUACGGGUGACGGACGCGAAGGCGUGGAUAGAUGGCGACUUGGUGCGAUUACUUGUGCUGUGGGCUCAUGGCGGCGUGUGGGUGGAUAUGGAUUCUCUACUAGCAAGAGAUCUAACGCCACUCUUGGAGCACGAAUUUGUGACACAGUGGGAUUGCGUCGAAAAAAACUAUCAGCCAUUCAAUGGCGCCUUGAUGCGCUUCCACCAAUACUCACCAUACCUCUGCGAAGCCUUCCACAUAAUAGCGACAUCGAAACCCCCACGACGCGGCUCUAAUGACUGGGGCGCCCUGCUGUAUCUCAAGCUAUGGCGGCGCCUGGUUGCUGCGUCCGUUCCGCCAUUCAAGGUACUCCCGUGGUGUUUCACGGACGGUCGCUCGUGCUGGCGCGAUAUCCAGUUGCCUGAUCCGUAUUCUCCGGAUCCCGCAGACGGGCGGUGGACAGCCGGCUUAACAAGAGAGGCGGGCGGCGGGCUGGACAAGGCCCUGAACUCCGUGUUCUCGGUGCACCUGCACAACCAGUACGAGAAACUUUUCCCUCCCGACGGAUGGGUCGAGCGGCUGCUACUGUCGGAGUACGAGAAGCAGCUGGGGAACGAUAUACGGACGCCGGAUACGGGUGAGCUCUGA